AUGUCUGGAACAAGAGCUAAGGCUACCAAGAACUUGACUGAGACGCUGCAGGCCCUUAUAUCCUCGCUUACUCCUAAUGGCUUGCCAGACGACAAGAAGCUCAGCGAAGAGCAAGUUAAUGCACUGUCCGAUAGACUGAAUCAAUUUCUCGGUCCUAUUGAGGAAGGUCCGGGAGUGCAGAGGAACGAGAAGGGACAGCUGUUAAAUGAGGAGGGCUUACCCAUAAUUGACAUUUCAGAGCCUUUGGAAAAUGUUGCUGGACCUUCCCACUCAUAUAAACCCUUCCAAUCCGAGCAUGAUCCUCCACCACUCUCGUCGUGGUCGGAGGUGGAGAGGGCGCAGUGGCGAGUUGAGCGUGAUCGUAUAGCCGAAAUGUUGGAGGAAGAGGAACAGCGCGAACUAAUGGAAAGUUCGGAACGUGAGCACAGGAGAAAGCUGGAGGAGGUCGAGAAGAUGGACGCGGAAAGUAAAGCCGCUGCCCGAGAAAUGCAGAAGAAAAUGGGUAAAGCGCUUUUGCGGAAUAUUGCUGCACAACGGGAGAAGGAAGAGGAGGAAAGAAAGAAGACUAAAGAGCCAACGCCUGCAGAAGUCCCCGCUCAAAACGGCGAACCGAGUUGUAGGAAGCCAAAGAAGAGCGUUAGCUUUGCGAAUCUGCCUGAGGACAGUGACAAGCCCAAACCAAAGCCACCUGCAACUUGGGGCGACAUCUCUGUUGCUAAGUUGAGAGCUAGUGCUCCAAAGGCGCAACUGAAAACAGACAUAUUGAACAAGCAGCCCAUGAAGUUCGACGUUAUUGAGCGAGUUCCCGGUGUAAACCGAACCUCAGUCCGCCAAGAGCGAGAUUCGGACGACGAGUCCAAUCCGGAGGAGCAGGCUUCAGAGCCGGAAGAAAUCGACGAAGACGGUCUUACACCUCCCCUUGACGGUGGUAUGGGGGACAGCGACGAGUCUACCGGACAUGACGAAGACUCCGAUGAGGACGAGUUUGACUUCAGUGAGGCGCGAGUACAGCGAGAGAUAGCUUUGGAGUACAUUCGCUUGCGUGAAAGCGUCGGUGCAGAGGCACAACAAGCAAUGUCCCUGCAUACUCACGAAGGGGAGAAUGAAUGGGAUCAACCGAAUGUACCUCUAGACGCAACGCUUGCAUCGAAGCCACAGAAAAGUGGCAUGUCUCGUUUCAAAGCCGCACGCCGAGCUAACCGUGGCUUUUCGGGGAAUACUUCAAUUUCACUAGGUGCCUCAGUUCUACCUUCUAGUAAAUCGUCGACACUGCAAAAGGCAGUACGCACUGGGAAGCUAGAGAAUGGUCAACUCGUUGGGGGUGACCCAUGUGAAAGCAGUUCGGAAGAUGAAGAAGCCGAAAACGCGAAACGCACGUUGGAGAUGCUGAAGGAUGGUGUUGUGUUUGGUGAAAGUUCUCAAUCAGGAUCUACCUUGCCCCAACAGACAGAAAACGCGGCGAAAGGAACCAAGGAACAAGAGUCACUCUCUUCAUCACAACCCGGUCUAUCUACAUCGAAACCUUCACGCUUUCUGGCGCAAAGAGCAGCUCAGAGACCAAACUCAGAACCCGUUCUAGGACCCUCGUCAUCUAUUACAUCAACUCCUUCACCGAUAUUAGAUACAGUCAUUGAACGUUCUACGUCUAAAAGGACGACCCCUUCGACAACUGAUAAGAAGCCGGAAACUGUCGGGCCACAGAAUAUUUCGACCUUCAAGAAGCCCCCAACUGUCAUUCCAGCGCCAUCAGUUCCACCAUCGCAGCAGCAACAGCGCCGUCCCUUCGCUACUCCGCUUGUCAAACCCGACCCGGCGGUCCUUUCGAACAUGAUCGUCGAAUCCCCAUCCUUCCCUCCACCAGGCGGGAGCAAAAACGCACAAAGCGCCCCACACGCACUUCCAUUGGUCAGCGAGGUCCGUGAGUCAACACGCAGGGCGGGCAUGUCGGAAGAAGAACCUAGCCAAAGAACAAGAACAGGAACGGGAAAGGUUUCGCGCUUCAAGGCUGAGCGAUUAUAA